AGCAGUAAACACAGAGAAGAAGAAGACAACUAUUUUCUUCCCGUGAUGCCCCAGUGUGUUUUCCCAAGAUGACGGAAACCAAUGCGUCGCCAGAAGAUCUUUGGAUCAAACAGGCAGAUAACGCUUUCAGCGACAAUGGAUUUGAGCACAGUUUCUUUGCAGAGGAUGCGAGAAAAGGGACUGUGGUCUCCAGAGCGAACAGCAUCGGAUCAACCAGCGCCUCCUCUGUGCCAAACACGGACGAUGAAGACAGCGACUACCGGCACGAGGCGUCCUAUAAGGAGACGUACAAAGACCGGCGGAGGCACGCGCACACGCAGGCUGAGCAGAAACGCAGGGACGCCAUCAAGAAAGGCUAUGAUGAUCUGCAGUCGAUAGUGCCCACUUGCCAACAGCAGUCAGAGUUUGCCAUGGGCACACAAAAGAUCAGCAAAGCCACCGUCCUGCAGAAGACGAUUGACUACAUCCAGUUUCUGCACAAAGAGAAGAAGAAGCAGGAAGAGGAAGUGUCCACACUACGAAAGGAAGUGAUGGCACUGAAGAUCAUGAAAAUGAAUUAUGAGCAAAUUGUGAAGGUGCACCAGGACAACCCACAGCAGGGUGACGGUCAGGUGACCGACCAGAUGAAGUUUGGAAUAUUCCAGAACAUCAUGGACUGCCUCUUCCAGUCCUUCAGCGCCUCCGUCUCAGUCACCAGCUUCCAGGAGCUGUCGGCCUGUGUGUUCAGCUGGAUCGAAGAACACUGCAAGCCCCAGACGCUCCGGGAGUUUGUGGUGGGUGUCCUUCGGCAGGUGAACGGGCAGCUCUACUGAUCUCUGGGGCCUUCAGGGAGAACAGCCUGGCCUCUCCUCAGUGUUUCAGCACAGGCACCCUCCAGCCCACCGCCAGGCCGGCGGGGCCCGAUGACCACAGCUCCACAGCCCUUAUCCGUUAAAAGCCGCUGGCGUUCCCGGUGAAAAAGUGUUGGUAACAGUUUGGCACCUCCGGUACCUUCAGGACUGCAGUUGCCCUGGCCUAGUCUCUUGUGAAGAGGUCUAUGUCCAGUGAUGCUUCUUGCCAAAAUGUGUUUGCUCUGUAAACUGAACCAUGUAUUCAGCAUUCAGUAUUCCUCAGUUGUGACCUGUUUCGACUGUUUUCUUGUCUGCUGGACUGCGGAGCAGUCUUGACGGUGUGAUUCGCUGCGUUUUCUCUUCUCUUUGUUGGUCAAAGGUUUCCAUGGAUCCACCUACUUUUUAGGAUUAAUUGGUUUGACCCAUAAUCACUCCAGGUAUUCAGAUACAUAUCAAUGUAUAUAGAGAUAUACCUGCACUGUUGCUUGUGUACCUUAAAUUGAUUCCAAUGUUUGUCAGUGGCAUUUAAUUCUGGCCACAGAAAGUGAAUACGACUAUGUUUGUUGGUACAGUAGGAAUGAUGCAGGGUCAUUUUCAAAGUAGUUUAUGUGAACAGGAGAAUUUUAAAUAUUUUUAUGUUAUGUAAAAAGAAAAAAAAAAAACAAUAAUUAAAGUUUAUGGUUUACAUGUGGAUUUAUUUUUGUAUUUAAAAAGUUAUACUCCUUGUACACUGCAUAGGGAGAUUAUGGAAAGUACUUUCAGUUUGCCUGUAGUUACAUGAAAUAGCAUAAAACUUUUUUACAAUUUUGGGCUAUGUAAGAAGGGAAGUUAUUGGCAAACCUAGAGCCGCACUUGCAUCCCAUCCACUGAGACGCAAUUGUCACCUUAAAGUUUUCAGAUACUC